CAUCUUUCACUUUUCUCUCUCUCUCUUUCUCGAGUCUUCACUUCUCUUUCUAUCUCAUCACUCUUCUUCAAGAUCUACCAUCUUCACUUCCUCUGUUUAGCUCUCUCACACUCACUCACUAUCUCUUCGUUCGGUUUCAGCACGAGUGUGGACUCAGGCAGGCCGGUGGUAGCACAGGGAAUAUGAACUAAGGGGAGCGCCAAAGACUGAGAUUCAAGUAACCCAACUAUAGAAGAACCUGUAAAAAUCAUGGAAGCAGCUGGAGAACCACCCUCAAAUAACACCAGCUCGAAUGCAAUAGACGAGUCAGCGUGCAUGAGUGAGUUAGCCAGCACACCAAGUAUGGAAGCAGAAGCAGUUGCAAAUGGAGACGCGGACCUUGAAAGCAAUGUCCUACACCAACCUCUUUUAAAGAGAAACAGAACACUCUCUGCUAGCCACUUAGCUAUGGUGGGAGCAAAGGUUUCAUAUAUCGAGAGCCUUGAUUAUGAAAUCAAUGAGAAUGAUCUGUUCAAGCAGGAUUGGAGAAGUCGAUCCAAAGUCCAAGUAUUACAAUACGUCUUCUUGAAAUGGAAACUUGCAUUUCUUGUGGGACUCUUGACUGGCCUUGUUGCUACCCUCAUCAAUCUAGCAGUUGAGAAUAUUGCAGGAUAUAAAUUGCUGCUUGUUUCUGGCUAUAUUGAGGAGAAGAGGUAUGUAAUGGGGUUGAUUAUGUUAACAGGGGCCAACUUCCUAUUGACUCUAAGUUCCACAGUGCUGGUUGUAUUCUUUGCUCCUACUGCUGCUGGACCUGGUAUACCUGAGAUUAAAGCUUACCUUAAUGGUAUUGAUACUCCCAACAUGUAUGGGGCACCAACAUUGUUUGUUAAGAUUAUUGGGAGCAUUGGAGCAGUCGCUGCUGGCUUAGACCUUGGUAAAGAAGGGCCCUUGGUGCACAUCGGAUCAUGUAUUGCAUCCUUACUUGGCCAGGGUGGAACAGAAAAGAAUCGUGUCAAAUGGCGGUGGUAUCGUAUCAUGAACAAUGACAGAGAUCGGAGAGACCUAAUCACCUGUGGUGCUUCUGCAGGAGUUUGUGCAGCUUUUAGGUCCCCAGUAGGAGGGGUGCUUUUUGCUCUGGAAGAAGUGGCAACAUGGUGGAGGAGUGCUCUCCUCUGGAGAACUUUCUUUAGUACAGCAGUUGUGGUAGUAGUGCUCAGGGCUUUCAUUGAGUUCUGCAGUUCUGGAAAAUGUGGGCUUUUUGGCAAUGGAGGACUAAUCAUGUUUGAUGUCAGCAAUGUUACUGUGCGUUAUCACUUGAUGGAUAUCCUCCCUAUCGCUCUCAUAGGACUCAUUGGUGGUGUUCUCGGAAGCCUUUACAACUAUGUCCUGCACAAAGUUCUGAGACUUUACAGUCUCAUCAAUGAGAGGGGAAAGUUAGCAAAGAUCCUUCUAAGUCUUACAGUCUCAGUAUUCACUUCUGUGUGCCUGUAUGGCCUACCCUUUUUUGUGAGCUGCACAGAAUGUGAUCCAUCCCUAUCAAAUUCUGAGUGCUCCACAACUGGAAGAACUGGGAACUACAAGAGAUUCAACUGCCCAACAGGCUAUUACAAUGACCUCGCCAGCUUAUUCUUUUCUACCAACGAUGAUGCUGUACGAAACAUCUUUUCUACAAAUACUCCUGGAGAGUUUCGCCCAGUCUCUCUUGUUAUAUACUUUGUACUCUACUGUAUCCUGGGAAUCUUUACCUUUGGCAUUGCUGUGCCUUCUGGACUCUUCCUACCUAUCAUUCUCAUGGGUUCAGCAUAUGGGCGUUUGCUUGGCAUUGCCAUGGGAAGUUACACAAGUAUUGAUCGGGGGCUUUAUGCAGUCCUAGGCGCAGCAUCUCUCAUGGCUGGCUCGAUGAGGAUGACUGUCUCACUUUGUGUAAUUUUCCUUGAACUCACCAACAACCUAUUGUUACUCCCUGUAACAAUGCUCGUGCUUCUCAUUGCAAAAUCAGUAGGGGAUUGCUUCAACCCGAGCAUUUAUGAGAUCAUAUUAGAGUUGAAGGGCUUACCUUUCUUAGAUGCAAACCCUGAACCAUGGAUGAGGAAUAUCAGUGUUGGAGAGCUUGCUGAUGUAAAGCCUCCAUUAGUUAGUCUUCGAGGACUUGAGAAGGUAUCUCGUAUUGUAGAUGUACUGAAAAAUACUACACACAAUGGCUUCCCAGUCAUAGAUGAUGAUGUCACAAUCCCAACAAGUGAUGGAACAAAGGCAAGGGAGCUGCAUGGGUUAAUUCUAAGAGCUCAUCUCGUUGCUGUGCUGAAGAAGAAGUGGUUCCUGGAGCAACCAAGAAAAACAGAAGAAUGGGAAGUGCGAGAGAAGUUUACGUGGGUUGAAUUGGCAGAAAGAGACCUUGACUUCGAACAAGUAGCCAUAUCAAAGCGUGAAAUGGAGAUGUAUGUUGAUCUACAUCCUUUCACAAACAAAACUCCUUAUACCGUGGUAGAGGACAUGUCUGCAGCAAAGGCAAUGGUAUUGUUCAGGCAGGUUGCACUUCGUCAUCUGCUCAUUGUGCCCAAAUAUCAAGGAGCUGGGAUAUAUCCUGUAAUUGGAAUUUUAACAAGGCAAGAUUUGAGGGCUCACAAUAUUCAGACAGUGUUCCCUCAUAUAGCAAGGUCCAAGGGAAGAGAAAAGCAGAAUUGAGUUCUUCCAGAUACUCAGAUUGAAAAGAGUUUGCCUCCGUGCAGUAAUAGAUUUGCAUUGCAUUCUUUACACAUUUUUCAUUUUGCAUUCUUUUUCUGAUAUUUUUUGUCCAAUAUUUUUGCGAUUUUUUCCAAUAUGGUAUGUACAAGGUUGUACAUUUUAAGGAUAUAGUCAUGAGAGAAGUUUGUGUAGGCUCGCUGAAGUAUUACAUUUUUCACCACCUAUGAAAGAAUAACAUUUACUAGAAAAGAUGCAGCAGCAGCUCAUCUUUCACAUUUUUUCUAAGGACUUUCUCUUAUUUGUUUUUAUGUAACAUAACAUACUCCUAUUCCAAGCUAAUAGAUUUAUAAAUGGCACAAGAACAGAAGGGAGAGAGCAUUAAACAUGGCCCAUGUAAUUGUAUGAUAAAAUAAGGCUUGCUUUCUUUGUACAA